AAUUCGACUUUGUUAUACCUUCACUAGAUUAGGAGGAGAACAUGUCAAUUUCUAGAAACUGAUAACCUGAAAAUCUAUUAUAAAAUAUUGUAAAGGAAGUUGUAGAGUAUUUUCAUAAUAUGAUAUCCAGAUAUGAGUGAAAGAUACUUUGCAUGGGAUGAAAUUUCGGAGGGAUUAAUUUUAUUGGGAGUGGCAAAGACAGAAGAUGAAAUUAAGAGACGGAAGAAGCAAGCUAUUGCCGAUCAUGCGUCGAAAAUUUAUUGUCCACAUGCGUAUUUAAUUCUGAACUAUCGGGAAAUGUUGAAUGAUAGUGAAAAGAUUAAAUUUCGGAAACAUUACCUGAGAAAAGUGAUGCCAAACGAACCGGAUGUUAUUAUUUUGCAAGAUAUCAAAGAUCUCGUACUCUUUUUACUCAUAACACCCGUCAGUCCCCAAUUCAUACACUUCUUCCACUUGGCGAUCGUUGAUCGAUUUUUAAGGGCGUUGAUCAUCUAUUUCCAACAUUAUGUAGAGAUAUGGGAAGACUUGAUGCAGGAGCGGGCCGCUACCAUGAAAAAGGCGCCGAAUCCAUUAGCGCGUGGACAUAGAUCCCGAUACGCUGAGGAGUUGCGAGCCCUUCGCUGUGUCUUAGGUAGAGAAUAUGCGGAUUUAAUAUUGGGUUGCCAGAGCGGGCCGCAGUAUCAUCAUAUGAUGGCUGGCAAGAAACGGACGAUCACGCAAUCGCAGGGCGAGAAAGAUUUAAGGAUCUUCGAAUCUUUGAUAAGCACGGCCCAUCGAGUCGUAUGGAUAGCGUUGCAACGCAAACAUUACAAUUUGAUCGAACUAGAAUUGCAUAGACUACUUCGAACCGAAGCGUACAAUACUGCACAAAGGCAAAGCGGUAGUCGACUUAUUCAGGAUAUGCUAGAGGAUGAUAUUCGUAUAUUGCAUGGCUCAUAUAAAAUUGCAUUAAAAAGUCGAUUACUCCGAAAUUCUCCUUUACCUCACGAAUUGAUAUAUACGGAUUGCGAUUAUCGUCUCCUAUCAUUAGGAAUACUUGACAUUGACGUGCGCGAUCCGAAAAUUGCUUAUUUAAAAAAUGCUCUUCUUAUCGAGGAGGAAAUGCUACCUCUAAUGGACAUUAAAGUAGGCAUCCUGGGUCAGAAUCGUUCGGAAUAUGAUAUAAUGUUGAUGCCGUACGAAGAGAAGGAGCCGAAAAUAGAACCAAUAGAAAUUGAUGCGCUCGAUAAGAAAAUAUUGGAAAUGCGAAAAAGUGUCCCUAUGGCUAAACUCGCUGAACAAAUUCAAAAAAUUGAAAGAUUGUCUUUCCGCGAGUCUGUAUCAAUCGAGGAACUUCCAAUGAAAAAACUUGAGAUAUCAACAGAGAUAUAUGACAAGAUUCGUCAAAUAGCCCGAAAAAAGUGGAUUCUUCGAGAAAUAAAACGACGCGAACGUAAAACGCCUGAUACUUAUUCUAUAGCAACCACUAUAGAUUGAGUAUCAGAAUAGAACAUAUUGCCACAGAACAGAAAAUAAUACUACAUGUAGAAUGUGCCGAGAAUUUCGGAGAAAAAAAUAAAAAAAUGGUACUAAUAUUGAUAUACAUAAAUAUAAACUUGAAUAUCGAUUCUAAAAUAAAAUUAAUUAUACAUUUAUACAUAUACACUGCUUGCUACAUUAUCUCUUUCGAUACAAGAAUGCUAUGCUGAAAAUAAAAAUCUGGCUAUUUCAAGUAACAAUAAAUCGAUAUUUUAUCGUUAGGAUAUGAACAAUGAGGAUGGAUAUAAACUGAGUACUAACACAAUAUAAAAAAUAUGCUUAAUAUAAUUAGUGAUACCUAAUCAAGAGUAAUGCUGCUAUUUUACAAGAAGAUACACAUAUACAUCUUAAGCAAUGCACUUAUGUUACGAUUAAAUUCGGCAUUGUCCUUUGUCCAUAAAUAAUUAUUGGUAUGUCUACUUACUACCAAUAUAUGUAGUAACAAUACACUAUAUACGACAUUAAUUUAAUCCUCCCCAGAUCGACCUGUAAAUUAUUUUGUUUCCAUUUGCAUUUACAUGUGAUAAACUUGUUUUUCGCGCCUUUUAUAUAAUCGCUGAUAUUCAGCUGAAUAGUCAUCAUUUGAAGUACGCUUUGCUCCUAUACGACCCGUUUCGUUUGAAUAAGUGACACACAUUAUCGUAACAUAAAAAAAAAAAGAAAAGAGAUAUUAUAUCUCAUUAUUUGGCACAGCGAUUUUGAUAAUAAAAACUAGAUUUCAAAAAUUCUAUCUGUUUGUUAUUGCACACACAUAUUCGCGUAUAACAAAUGCUUUUCAUAGUUUUUUAUUUUAAUGAUAGCUAACUUUCGUAAUACACGACACUCAGAGUAUCUCGUCGUCUUUUUUCACGCUUUACGAUAUGUAUUAAAGUUAUGAUUAUCCAUAUUAUAUGUAUGCGCAUUUUGUCCAUUUUAUAUUACUACUAUUAUGUACGGAGUUAUAACAAUUUACUGCUAUGCACAUGCGAUACUUUAGAAGUCAAAUGGCAGUAAAUGAUUCAGCCAUCCAACGCGACGUUUCACACCAAUCUAGUUUUACUUUCAGAAUCUGUGCC